AUGACGUAUACUGAGUUGUAUCCAUCAUUGUUGCAAAAAGGAUUGGUGACUCCCAGACCUUUGGGUCCUCCACCAAAUCUUUUGCCUCCGUGGUACAAUCAAGAUGCCCAUUGUCCUUUCCAUGAGGGCGCUCCUGGGCAUGAUUUGGAAGGAUGCUAUGCUUUGAAGCAUAUCGUGCAAGAGUUGGUUGAUAAGAAGAUCCUUUCAUUCCGAGAUGUUGGACCCAACGUAAAAAGUAACCCUCUGCCGGCGCAUGGUGAUGUUAAUUCCAUUGAGUAUGUUUCUGAUGUUUGUAUAAUCAAAAAUGUUGAAGAUGUUAAAACUCUGUUGAUAGCACUCCAUGCAAGAUUGGUGGGAGAUAGUUUGAUUGAUACCUGUCACAACAACUGUGAAGAAUGUGUCGUUUGUCCAAGGGGGUGUAAAGUGGUACGAACUGAUAUUCAAAACUUGAUGAAUCAAGGUGUUUUACAAGUUUGUAGUCCUACAACAAACGAGGAAAUUUCAGGCAUUGAACCCUUUUUCAAUCUUCCAGAGCCUGUUGAGAUAACUUAUCAAGGGAAAGAUGUUGUUCAUCCAUCACCUGUGGUAUUUUGUAUGUCUACCCCAUUUCCCUUCGAAAGCACCAAGGCGGUGCCUUGGAAAUAUAACAUAACUGUGGUAGAUGGAGUGGUAGAUGAAGAACCCAAAGAUGUUGAAGGUGAGAAAAUCUUGGAGAAUGUUGACACCAAUAUCAAGAACAUCGCAGGGACAAGUAGAAUGACCCGCAACGAUCAGAUUUAUACUCCCGAUGUCAAUAUAAUCCCUCAGGAACUAACAAGGGAAGCUACAACUGCAGUUCCUGCCCCAGAAUAUGGAGGGGUACAACCGGAGAUGCAAUCAGAUGAAGCGAUUAAAUUUUUGAAAAUGAUAAAGAAAAGCGACUACAAGAUAGUCGAUCAGUUACAUCAAACACCGCCAAAAAUAUUUAUCUUGUCCUUGCUUCUGAAUUCCCAAGCUCAUAGGGAGGCUCUACUGAAAGUGCUUGCUCAAGCUCAUGUUACUCAGGAUAUAACGGUUGGACAAUUCGAUGGGGUGGUCGCCAAUAUCACAGCUUGUAACACUCUAAAUUUCAGCAAUGAAGAGCUACCCAAGGAAGGGCAGAAUCACAACUGCGCCUUACAUGUAUCCAUAAAGUGCCAAGAAGAUGCUCUGGACAGGGUCUUAGUUGACACUGGAUCAUCCCUCAAUGUUCUACCAAAAAGAGCGCUUGCUAAAUUAUCUUACCAAGGGCCGGAGAUGAAACCCAGUGCGCUCGUGGUAAAAGCGUUUGACGAUUCCCGAAGGACAGUAGUUGGGGAGGUGGAGCUACCAAUCCAAAUCGGACCGCAUGUAUUCCCCAUUAAUUUCCAAGUCAUGGACAUAAAUCCCGCUUAUAGCUUCCUUUUGGGACGUCCGUGGAUACAUGUUGCUGGGGCAGUAACUUCUACUUUACACCAAAAAAUGAAGUUUGUCGUCAACAACAAGCUCGUCAUUGUCUCCGGUGAAGAAGAUUUCAUCAUUAGUCAACUCUCCUCUUUCUGUUAUAUUGAGGAUGAUGAAGAUGCCUUGGAGACUUAUUUCCAAGCACUUGAAAUAGCCAAUGCCACACUUGCGGAAGUAAAGGAUCAUGUUGAGGAAGCCCGUUUGUCGUUCGCCUCUUUGAAGAGCGCGAAGUCAGCAGUUGAAAGUGGAGGUCCUGCAGGUUAG